AUGAGACUAUUACAUAUCGCAACCUACUUCGCCUUUGCGGCCUCUACAGCACACGCGGUAUCCGUGCCGAACACUGACGUUAAGGUUCGCGAUGAUCGGGCUAUCAGCAUCAGGAGUUCGGAUAUUUUAGCUCCCGAGCACACCUUAGAGAAGCGUAAAGGCGGUGGUGGUAAAGGCGGAGGAGGAGGCAGCAGCAGCAGUCGCGCAUCUCCCGCUUCCAACGCUGGCGGUGCCACAGUCGCAGGCUCUGGACCCUCGCGCUCAUUCGGUGGUGGCGGCUACUAUGGAGGAGGAGCAUCAACACCCUACAAGUCUGGCAGCAAGACACCAAAAGGGCUGGUUGCAGGUGCCGUCCUCGCGCCCGUACUGCUUAUCGGUCUUCUCCCAGGCCUCUGGCUCUACAGCGUCUACCCGUACUACUUCCACAACCCGUACCGCUUCAUCAACGAAUCUGCCCACAACGCGACGAACCCGAAUGGUACCAACAGCUCGUUGCCUGUCACGUGUCUCUGCGAAGAGUACAGCGUGUGCGGCUGUGAUGAGAAUGACAACGACUUGUACCUGAAGGAUUUGGUCGGAAACGGUAGCUACGACGCCCUCAACAAGACGCUAGUCAACGUUGCCGAUGUCAAUGGCACCAGGACUUUGAUUUUGAACGGAACUCUGCCCAACGGAACGACUGCUCCCGGCGGUACCGAUGAUGCUGGCAUCGCACUUGGUGCCGGCAAGUACGCAGGAUGGUACGCGAUGGGCUUGACCAUCAUCUACUUCUGUGCGUACGCAUAG